AUUACAAUCAAAUAUUAACGCCAAAGAUCAUCAAAUCGCCGGAGAAACGAGACAUCGAUCAUCUCCACCACGCAGAGCCAAGCCAACCUACACAGAAACAGAAAUGGCAAGAGAAGUAUCGGAAAGCUGUAUGGAUAGUUUGCUUACAGAGAUUGUUUCUUCGUAUUGCAAUGUGCUAUACGUUAGUAAGCCGGAGCUCGCUGCUCGGAGAAUCGAAGCCAUCGGCUACCAAGUAGGCCACCAGCUCUCUGAAAGGUACACAAUGGAGCGACCACGUUUCAGUGAUCACCUGGAGGCAAUCAAGUUCAUCUGUAAAGAUUUCUGGUCUGAGCUCUUCAAGAAACAGAUAGAUAAUCUAAAGACGAAUCAUAGAGGUACAUUUGUUUUGCAAGAUGAUAAAUUUGCAUGGGUUUCUCGCAUGUCUUCAACUGAGAAUUCUGGUUCAACUCAAGAACCUGGAAUUGGAAACAAAGCAGCAGAAGCAAGUAGCAUGCAUCUGUAUUUCCCUUGUGGAAUUAUAAGGGGAGCUCUUUCAAAUUUGGGCAUUUCUUGUGCUGUGUCUGCAGAUAUUUCCAACCUCCCUGCUUGUUCAUUUGUGAUCCGGAUAAAGGUGUAGCAAAAAUAUCUGUAACUGUUGUAGGAUGCUUGUUGUACCUUGUCGAAUGUUUCAUCAAACCUACCAUCCCUUCUAAUAUAGUUAUGGAUCGUCAUCGAUGCUACCACAACAUACUUGGUGGUUUUACAUAUAAUUAACAUGCACCUCUCAAUAAUAUCCACCUAGUUUUCCACAUUCCAAAAGUUUGUUAGAUGAUAUAUCUCAAUGACAGAAUGCUAAUAGUUUAAUGUUUGUUUCGGUCUCCUGGGAGUACAUAUAACAAUUGGGAGUACGUAUAACAACAAUCUGUCUACAUUGAAAAUCUGGUAUAUGAUAACGAAUAUUUGUACCUUUGUAUGGAGCAAGAUACCCUAUACUAUUCGGGUAUUUGACGUCGACAACAUAAUCUGUAAUGACAUGACGAAUAAAACAAACAUUUGUUAUUUGUUUCAAAAUGUAAGAAAAGUAUAAAACUUGCAUUACUAAAAAGUUAUACUAACCACCGGUUGAACGUGGAAAUUGAAGUUCAUGUUUGUAUAUGACUUUAUUGAAAAAUUUUGUGUCA